UAUCGAUAUCAUCUUCAACGUGUGGUUCUAACUUUCUAUCGGAUGUCGGAGGCAAAACGGAAGGGUUGCAGUUGCUGACAAAUUUCCGGUGUUAUUACCAGAAACAGCUUACGAACAACUUACGAAAAAAAAGUCCGAGAGUUUAGCCGCCAUUUUCCGACGCGUCUCACCUGCCGCGACGGUAUAUAAAAUGGUCUUUGCCUUUUGUCGGUACCUCAACUGCCCCUCCUCCUCAGAACGAUCAUCAUGUCUGAGCCAAUGAGUUCAACUCCUCGCCAAUCCUCCGACAAGACGUUAGCGUCUGUCCACUCAACGACUGUGGACGAUAACACAGAAGUUAAGCCACCAGUGGCAGUGGCUGCCCCUGAAAGUACAGUGGUAACGGGGAAAAAACUUGCAGUCAUUUUCGUGGCAAUGUUGUUGUCGCUUCUGUUGAUCGCACUGGAUCAAACUAUCUUGUCCACUGCUCUUCCUCGCAUAGCCUCCGAUUUCAACUCGUUCUCUCUACAAGGAUGGGUUUCCUCCUCCUUUGUUCUAGCACAAACAGUCUUCCUUUUAUUCUAUGGUCAACUUCUGCGAAUAUUUCCUGCGAAAUGGAUUAUGAUCUCAGCUGUCACAAUCUUUGAGACAGGGUCUUUGAUAUGUGGGGUGUCACAGAACGUCGAUCAGUUGAUAGUAGGUCGCACAAUUUCUGGUGUCGGAGCCGCAGGAAUAUUUGUUGCUAUGAUCCAAAUCAUAUCUCAAGCUACGAGGCUCGAAGACCGACCGCGGUUAUUCGGCAUGUUUGGUGCUGUCUUUGGUCUCUCAUCGGUUAUCGGUCCCCUUAUCGGUGGAGCAUUCACUGACCAUGUUACUUGGCGGUGGUGUUUCUUCAUCAAUCUCCCCAUUGGAGGGAUAUCUCUGCUUGCCCUGACUUUCCUCUUGAAAGCCUCUCCUCCUCUAGGAUCUGACCCUACGAAGAGAUCACUCAAUGACAUACUCCGUCAGAUAUUAAAGGUUGACUAUGUUGGUGCGACUUUGGUUGCCGCUGCUGUAACGUGCCUCGUACUUGCUCUCCAAUGGGGCGGAAAUACCAAACCGUGGAGUGAUAAGGCUGUCAUAAUUAGCUUUGUCUUUGCGGGAGUCACCGCGGUCACGUUCAUUGCAUGGGAGAUAUAUAUUGGCGAAAACGCGAUGGUUCCAACACAGAUUUUCAAGUCUCGUUCUAUAUAUGCUAUCAUCACAUACAGCUUCCUCACUCGUUUCUCCCUCCUACUAUUCUCAUACUAUAUUCCUAUCUUCUACCAGGCUGUAAGACAUAGAACAGCUACCGACUCAGGCAUCGAUCUGCUCCCGUUCAUGCUCAGCGUCGUACUUAGCGUUAUCGGUUCCGGUCAAAUUGUCGGAAAAUUCGGAUACUAUUGGCCUUUCCUCGUAUGCGCUCCCAUUUUCCUCGCUGUCGGUUCCGGACUUCUAUACACUGUCAGCCCGUCGACCACAUCUGCCCAACUCAUCGGAUUCCAGAUUCUCGCCGGUGUCGGUACCGGUAUGGGUAUGCAGAAUUCGCUUCUAGCAAUUCAAGUUGAGUUCAGAGAUGCACCGAAACUCCUUGGACAAGCAACGAGUAUGGCCUCCUUUGGUCAAUUCCUCGGUGGAACUCUUGGACUCGGUGUCGCCGAGCCAGUUUUCUCGUCGGAAUUGGCCAAAUAUCUCUUGAAGUACGCACCAGAUGCUCCUGCGACAAUCGUGAAGGAAUCGCCAACAGCUAUCUAUACGGAGAUUUCUCCUUCACUGAUACCUGGUGUUGUCCAAGCGUACUCACAGUCUCUGCGCAUUGUGUUCGUCGUUGGUGUUCCAGUUGCAGGGCUUGCUCUUUUCACGGCCAUGUUCAUCAAGAACACUAGAAUUGUGAAGACCGCACCACCCCCUUCGUCUUCAGUGCCCGCAUCUGAGACGGAAGGAAAGGGCAAAGACAUAGAAAAGGCCUAGUAGGGGGGAACGCAAUCGCAGAUUAAAUUUAUAGUAUAUUCAUCCAACUAGCCCGCCCCCAUGGUAUCAACCAUUAUGCGUUGGUGGGGGCUGUAGGCUCUUAAUCUGGGUAAAAUCUAGUUACACAAUACAUCUACCCACAUAUACUCAGCUCGAGGGGAUACACAAGGUUUACUUGUAGCACUACUUUAUUACACAUGGCAUGUUAUGAUUACGAUUGCAUUAGUAUUAGCCCAUCUCAAUCAAUGAAACAGUCAUAUUUAAAGA